AUGAUGCAAAUGCAGCAAAGGGUAGCACUUGGUGAUGUUACUUCACAGAUUAACAAUAGGGCCAAUCGGUUUAGUGUUGACGGUGACAGCAAGAAAGCGUUUGUUGAUGCUGGAUUCUUGAAGGAGAAAAGGGUAAAGAAUGCGAAGGAGAAUGAUUUGUUUAGUGGUCAUGACGAUGAUUUAGUAGUAGCACGGGCUCAAAAACUACGAGAACAGACUCUUGUUUCUUCUGUGAGUACUGAGAGUAUACGGUCGCAACAAUUGUCUAGCAAUAGUAACGAAACAGUACAACACCAUUUGAUUGAGGUUGAAGCAGAUGAUGAGGAUGAUGCGGAGACUGAUAGUGAGGCACUAGCUUUUAAAGAAGAUGAAGAAGCAGAAACAGGCGGAGAUAUAAGUGAGGAAAUGGAAGACGUAGAUGAAAGUUUUACGCCGUUAGUGCCGGUGGUAACGGAACAUUCAGAGAGGUUAUAUCAAUAUGUGUAUGAGAGGUUACACCGUGAGGAGCCUGACCCUAACGAUGAGGACACAUGGGACCCUGUUAUGGUAUCGGAAUAUACCAUUGAAAUUUUUGAACAUUUGAAGUUUUUGGAGAGGAAAUUUUCGCCGAAUCCCAGGUAUAUCGAACAUCAACCGGAACUAACGUGGAAAUACAGAUCAACGUUGAUCGAUUGGAUUGUUCAAGUCCACGAUAGGUUCCAGUUGUUACCUGAGACGUUAUUUUUAACGGUAAACAUUAUCGAUAGGUUUUUAUCAAAGAAACAAGUCACUUUGAACAGGUUGCAAUUAGUCGGUGCAGCAGCUCUAUUCAUUGCUUCCAAAUACGAGGAGAUCAACUGUCCAACUUUGAAAGAUAUGCUGUAUAUGCUGGACAAUGCAUACACUAGAGAAGAGAUUCUAAGGGCAGAAAGAUUCAUGAUCAAUACGUUAAAUUUCGAAUUUGGAUGGCCAGGUCCAAUGUCAUUUUUAAGAAGAGUUAGUAAAGCGGAUGAUUAUGAAUACGAUACAAGAACCGUGGCUAAAUAUUUAUUGGAAACUUCCAUAAUGGAGCCAGAAAUAAUAGCAGCGCCACCAUCUUGGCUUGCUGCAGGUGCAUAUUACUUGAGUAAAAUCAUUAUCGGACUCACAGGUUGGUCUGACGAACACAUAUAUUAUUCCGGUUACACAGAAGAGCAAUUAAUACCGUUGGCAACAAUGAUUUUGGAUUCAUGCAGACAUGCAACAGAACGUCACAAAGCAAUAUUCGAUAAGUACUCGAGGAGUCGCCAUAGGAAAUCUGCUUUUGUAGUAGCGAAGUGGAUUUCAAUGGCCGAGAGUCGGUUGGAACAGAAAUAA